AGGAGAGGAGAGGAGAGGUGAGAGGAGCGCUUGGUUUCCAUUCUCCUUGUGCCCUGACGCAGUUGACAGGAGCUAAUGAGAGGUGCUGAGGAGGAGGAGGGGGUGCAAGCCGAGGUAAAGCCUGAGAUCAGCAGAGCGGGCGGGUGGGGGUGGUGCUCAUAGCCUUCCCUCCGCUGAUCGGCAGUAUAGCGGCUGGAGGAACCGGAGGAGCAUGAGGACAUGAUGAGCCGCGGAGAGCCCAUGGCGGGCGGCCAGAGCGACCACCCCAAAACCCGGGGAGAGGUCUCUGCCAAGCCCGGAGGAGAGGUCUCCGCCAAGCGGUGGGCAGCGGUGACGGCGAGCGGCCUCGCCAUCAGCGUCGUAUCGCUCCUCUUACUGGUCACUGCGAUCUUCACCGACCACUGGUACGAGACGGACACGCGCCGGCAUAAGGUGAACUGCGACAAACACUCGGACUACAAUGACCAGAAGAACCGUGAUAUGCCCAUCUACCACCUGCCGCUGCAGGACAACCACCGGCGAGACGUGGCGCUCAUGAAGCCGAUCCAUGUCGGCAGUCGCGAGGAGGAGCUGCUGGAGAACUGGCGCGCUAUCCUGGGGAUGGGCAUCCUCGAGACGGAGUGCGGCCGCCCGCUGUUCUCCACCUUCUCCGGCCUGUGGAGGAAGUGCUACUUCCAUGGCCUGGACGCGGACAUUGAUAAGCUCAUCCGCAAAGGUAUUGCUGAUCGCUGUUCUGCCAUCAAGUAUCAUUUCUCUCAACCAAUCAGGCUGAGGAACAUCCCCCUUAACCUGACCAGAACAAUCCAACAGGAUGAGUGGCACCUGCUGCACCUGAGGCGCAUCACAGCAGGGUUCCUGGGCAUGGCUGCAGCGGUCCUGCUGUGUGGGAUCAUCGUAGCGUCGGUCAGCUUCUACUGGGAGGAGAGACUCACCCUGCAUGUGUCGGGUCUCCUGUUCCUCAUGGCUGGUAUCUUCUGCACCAUCUCUCUGUGCACGUAUGCGGCCAGCGUGACCUACGACCUCUCCCGGACCCCGCCCUUCAUCUACGGCCUGCCGGGCGACGUGGAUCACGGCUACGGCUGGUCCGUGUGCCUGGCCUGGGCCAGCCUGGCCCUCAGCACCACCGCGGGCUGCAUCUGCACGGCCUCCCCCCUCCUCUCCCGCCCCCCCAAGACCUCCCGCACCUCCUCUGUCUGAGGGGGCGCGGCCUCCACCCCGACGCUCAGCCAACACGCAGCUGACCUGCAGCCGACCUGCAGCUGACCUGCAGCUCAUCUGACCCUCACCCUCAGCCAACCUGCAAUUAACCGGGAGCUAGGCCGCAACUAACCUGCAGCUAACCUGCAGCUAACCUCACCCUCACCCUCAGCCAACCUGCAACCGACCUGCGGCUAACCUGGAGCUAACCUGCAACUAACCCUCUGCCACCCUGCAACUAACCUGCAGCCAACAUGUAACUAACAUGAAACUAACCCUCAGCCAAUCUGCAGCUCAUCUACAAUUAACCUGAAUCCAAACCAUCAGACAGCCUGCAACGAACCUACAGCCAAUCUGCAACUAGGGUUAGGGUCAACUCAGUCAACCUGUAAAUAACCUGCAGCUAACCUCUUAGCCAACCUGCAACUAACCAGAAACCAACCUGAAACCUACCCUCAGCCAACCUGCAACUAGCAAGCAACUAAACUGAAACUAACUCUCAGCCAAUCUGCAGCUAACCUGCAACUAACCUGCAGCUAACCUGAAACCACCCUGCAACUAACCUGCAACUAACCUGCAGUCAAACUGCAACUAACCAGCAACUAGACUGAAACUAACCCUCAGCCAAUCUGCAGCUAACCUCAAACCACCCUGCCCACUAACCUGUAGCUAA